AUGUCGCAUUCUCUGGAUGCGCUCACAGGGCCAGUAGCAUCAGAAACUGUGGCUGUUCUCAAAACAAUUUGCACAGAUGAACAAGAUUGGCACAAGCUCAAAUUGAAACAGGCCAUCGCGGCAAUUGUAGCCCAGGUGACAGGGCGAGCGUUUCUUGGUCAUGACUUCUGCAGGGAGCCAGCCUGGCGAGAUGAUAUCGUUAGAUGGUCACAUCAGAUGAUCACAGCGGCUAGAGAGCUACAUACCUGGCCAAAGUUCUUGCGACCUAUCGUUGUAUGGAUGCUGCCUUCGUGCAAAAGACUUCGGGAGACGGUGGAGGUUGCUCGACGGAACCUUGAACCGGUUAUCAAGGAGCGCCAUGCAAUAAUAGCUGCUCGCAAAGAAAACGGAGAGACCUCAGAAACAGGCUCGUGUGCAUUAGAUUGGCUGGAGGAGGUUGCUCAAGGCCGUCAGUACGAUCCCAUUGCUAUGCAAAUCUGUCUUGCAUUUGUUGGUAUGGAUACCACCGCCGACUUAGUUUUCCACGUCAUUUCGGAUCUGUCGCAGGAUCAAGAAUUGGUCAAUGCGCUGCGAGAAGAGAUAAAGUCUAAUCUGGAUGGAAAAAGAUUUACCAAACAAGAGCUGCAAAAUUUGAAGCUCUUAGACAGCGUCAUCAAGGAAAGUCAAAGAUUGCGGCCAACGGGGAAGGUGUCAAUGCAUCGCAUCGCGAAUGAGACUCUCACACUACCCGGUGAUAUUCAUGUGCCCAAGGGGACAUACCUUGGUAUUUCAACCACCCACAUGAUGGACUCCUCAGUCUGGCCUGAUGGUGAAAAGUUUGAUGGGUAUAGGUUCUUCAACCUGCGGCAAAACCCAGACAAGGCAAAUACAGCUUUGCUUGUCUCUACAAGUCCUGAUCAUUUGGGCUUUGGGUAUGGCAAAAUGGCAUGCCCUGGCAGGUUUUUCGUUGCGAACGAGCUGAAGGUAAUUCUUUGUCAUUUCUUGAUGAUGUAUGACUUCCAAAUUACAGAGCCGUAUGAGGAACACUCUGGACUCUACGGUUAUAUGACAUCGCCAAGCUCUGAGACUGAAAUUACCCUUCGACGGCGGAACCCCUCUUCCUGUGAAGCUUGGUGA